UGUGUACAUAGACCUAGUGUGUGUUUAGAUGUGUACAUAGACCUAGUGUGUGUUUAGAUGUAUACAUAGACCAAGUGUUUGUUUUGAUGUGUACAUAGACCUAGUGUGUGUUUUGAUGUCCAAUGUGUUUUGUUUUCCAUGUUUCGCAAGUUCCUUCAGAAUUAAUGAUUGAAGUCCUAGACCAAACCUCCCACAACGGAAGAUGUCGGUGGCUAAGUCCUGUAACAUCCACCACACCAUUAUUCGUCUGGACCGACCUAAGUGAUGGGAUUAGCUUGCUGUGGGUCCAAGAAAUCUAAUGCUGUCCGCGGUCAUUUUGCAGACGUCAAUAAGUCCAAUGUGGAGAGUCCACCACAGGAUCAUCCGAAAGACGCCAAUGAAUUUGGACAGUCCUCAUCAAAUGACCAGCUUGGAAAGCAACGCAGCUCGUCCAAAAAGAAGAAAGACAGUAAAGGCGGUCACUCAAAGGGAAGUCAUCCCUCCAUGGAGAGAAACUCGUCUGCUUCUUCUCUAUCUUCUGGAGCCUCGUCUCCAAUUAGUUACAGCAGUGAGAGCAGCAGAAGACCUACAGACCGACCAAAAGAUCUAAAUGUAGAGGCUGAAAUAGCAGAGUAUGACAAAAAGCAGCUGGAGUUGGCUGUGGACGAUAGAAUCAGUAUACUACAACACAGUCACGUGGACCUCAGUCAGCCAGUCUUCUAUCCGCCUCCACUACCAGGUCGAGCUAGAACAUCUCUUGAAAUGCAGUUGAAGGAAGUUCAGAAAAUGGAGCCAGAAAGGGAGACAAUCCUAAAGCAGACGCAGUUGAAGCAAAAAGAGAAGAUGAGAAAGCCCUCCCUAGCGCAAGAAAGAAAUAGAGUGGAUGAAGUCAUUAGAAGACAGAGUAUAACCAAGGCUCAUAUUUUUGAGACAUUAAACAAAGAUAUCAGAUGAAAAUAAACGAUCAAAAUAACAUGUAAGGGAAGUAAUUCUGGUAAAUAUAUGCAAGGGGAAGUCACUCUUUAAAAUGCUACCAUUUUUAAGUCCUUCGAUUGUGUCAUCUCAGUAAUUUGUACUUGAAAUCUUCUGACGAUUUGAAAUCCAUGAGACCUUUUAUAUGUGCCAUGUUCAGAAAUAAUUAACCUUGAACUGAAUAGUCAAUACUUCACUAGACAAAUAACCCUUACAGAACAAAAAAACAACUCUCAAGUGUAAAAGGAAGAUUGUAAAUCUACAAUCCUGAGUUUUAGCUCCUAAUUUUGUUAGUCCUCAAUCCAAGCUCAAGCAGCUGAGUGUUGGGGAUAUUUCUAGUAUGCACUAAUAAUUGAUAACAACAAACCCCUCAAAGUCCCUCCACCACCCACAUCACCCUUAUCAUUUCAUCUCCAAAAGUAGGAUAGGCUAAAUGAGUUGGAACAAGUUAGUGCACUACAUAUCUAAAAAAAAAAAAUAAUGAACUGAAUGUAAAUCAUAAUAUACAUUAUGCUUAUUUAUUGUUGAAUCUAGUGAUUUUAGUAUGUAUGGAUUUUAAUUCUAAUUGAUCUGGAGAGUAGUAUGUAUAUAGUUCAUUACUAAUUAAUAUUGAGAGUUGGCAUGUAUAUAGUUUAUUGCUGAUCUAUGGAUCUAGAGAGUUUGGUCAUGCAUGAAUCUGGAGUUAAAAUAUGUCUAAAUGAUGUGAAGUAUUCUUGCCAAUGUACAAUUGUAAAACAAACCUUGGAACAAUCAUCGCAUAAGUUUUAGAUGACUAACAUCUACUGAUUUAUUAAGGGGAGGUAUCCCUGAAAAUUUUAUUUUUGUUAUUUCUAAAGUUAGGCCUUUGAAAUUUGUUAUGGUAACAUAUAAUGAUAUUCUAAAAUAAAUAAUGCUAAAAAAAAGUUUUUUGAAUGAUGGUUGCCAUGGUAACGGCGGCCAUAUUGUUUAUUGUAUACAAAUUAAAAUUCUGUCAAUUUUGUAAAAACUAUUGAUCAGAAGUACAUGAAAUUGAAUUAAAAGAUAAAAUAGGAUCCUCUAAAUUGAUACAACGUCAGAAUUAAAGAUUUAAGUAUGUUAAAUUUUUUAAAAAUUUUUGAAUUUUUAAGUAUUUUUUAGACCUAAAAAAAACAGGAUAAAUAUUAAUUAAAAAUACUUUUUAAAAAAAAGUAAAUAAAAUAUUGAAAAAAAAUCAUUGUACGAGUAAAGUUAAUGAUGUCCUUAAGAAGUGUUUCAAAUUUCAUUAAAAAUCUAUCAAGUAGUUUAGGAGAAAUUCCUAGUAAGGCACAAUGACAUGUGCAAAAACUAACAUUUUGAGAAAAAUGAGUUUAAAGUAUAAAUUUUAUUAAGAUUUUGUCUCAUAGCCCUUACAAAAACAUUAAAAAAACAUGUUUUGGACACAGAUUUAAGCAAUAAAAAUGAUUGUAAUGUAAAGAAAAAUGAUUGAUCUACUUAAUUAUGUUAUUAGUUAAAAAUCGAUAUCCUAGACCUAAAACUCAAUAUUCUCUAGGGAUACCUCCCCUUAACUACCACUUCUGUAGCUCUGACCUACUUCAAACUUUUACUUGUAUACAAGGACUGAGUGUUUGAUAGUUGAGCAAUUACACCAUUAUUGAAAUAAUGUUAAAUAACAUUGAAAUUAAAACACAACCAAUGG